AUGAACUCCGAAUGUCCCUUGCUUGUGAUACAAUGCAAAUUCCAUGAAGCUGGUUGUGCCUUUAAGGUAUCAUAACAAGAAGAUAUUGCUUUGAUCCUACCACGCUUUAAUUCGUCACUCCCUGAUCACUUGCCUUGACUUUUUAUCAUAUAUGGAAAAAUGUCUAAUAAUGACCGAGCGCGUAACGAGCGCGAGGUUACUUUUAAGAAGGCCGAACCAGCAGGCCAUUAUUGUGGCACUGAAGUAGAACAGUAGGUUAUUAUUCGCAAUAAUGACCCCCUGUUCCACCUCAGUGACCUGCUCUUCUAUUUAUUGCGUAUAAUAACCUUUUCAAAACAAUGGAAAGGUCGAUUAAGUUCUUGGCAUAGUGAUUGACCAGCUUACCGAUUGACUUAUUAUGUUAGGGUCGAUUAAAACGCCGCACUGUACAAUUCGCCGAAUCUAUUGCAAAUUAGCGAGAACAAUGGAUUUGCCUCCUUAGCGUUUAAAUUCGGAACAUGUGAAUUGCGAUGUUUGUACCCGGCUUAAGAUAAUCUUUCGAAGUAAUUAUUAAGUAGUGAAUACCAAUAAGGAUAUAAGAAAAGACAACUUUUACUGUUAAGUCUUUCCGUCACGUAGUUUUGUGGUCUCUUACCAGCUUCAUUUCAUUUGCACUUUACUUCGAUUCACGACAUUUACUUUACUCAGGGGCACCGCCAACGACUGUUUUCUGUGAAAUAUCUGUUCGGAGAAGCAGAUGUUGCCUAGAAUUUUCUAUUACUUGAGGACGGCUUAAAAUUUCUAGUUGACCAUUCCAUUCAGGUACAAUUUUCGAAACUUCUGUAAUAAAUUCCCUACGGUUUUCUAAAGUUUGAUUUUUACAUUGCACUCCUCAAAUUAGCCGGAAAAGUGUUCCCAGUAUGUUAAGGAGGAAACCGUCGUUGGAUGCCCCUGAUUACUCUUGCGGCAACUUUAACUUUUCAGGCGAUUAUUUUAAACAAGUCUCUUGUUGCAGGCGGAACGAUUGAAGAUGAAGGAUCACUUAUCCAACAGCACUGAAGCCCAUCUGAACGCUCUGUGUGAUUUAGUGUACGCCCGAAAGAAGCAAUUGGAAAACCAAAGGGAAAGAAUUCAGUUGCAAAAAGAGCACAUCCAACUCCAGAAGGAAACACUUCUUCUUCAAAAGCAGGAGAUCAUAGAUGUGAGAAGUCGCGCGGCAAACGGAGAAUUUAUUUGGAGGAUUACUGACUUCACCCGAAAGCUAAUGGACGCAAAAUCCGGUCGCGCUGCUGAGCCGAGGAUCAGUGAGCCUUUCUAUACCCACUCCCACGGGUAUAAAAUGUGCGCAGGCCUGUGGCUGAAUGGUGUUGGUACAGGAAGAGGAAGGUACAUAUCCGUUGGACUUCAGGUAAGUUAACCUAUAUAGUUCCGUUUUGAUGGUAAAAUGUGAAAACACUUGAAGUGUUCCAUAAGGGGAUUCACUUCACUAGGGUUUCGUUUCAACGUAAAACCUGAAGGUAUACCUUCCUGUGGCUCAUCAUAGUUAGAUUGAUCAUUACAUUCCUCAUUUACUCAAGCCCGCGGUUAAUCUUGAACAUGUUACCGUGGAAUCUCACAGUGUGAGGUGGUAGUUUGCUGAAAAGCAUUGUUUUUCGUUCAUUUCCGCACUUCUUAACUAUCUAGCCGAGAUCUUCUUCAAUCAAAAAAUGACUCCAUUAGGUUAGAUUUCUUGGUUUUAUAAGAAUUUUUGGAUGAUUUUUCGAAAGUUAUUAGGGGGAUUUUUACAAUUUUGGAAAAUUGGGAAAUAUUGGAUUUGGGGCUGUUAAAAACGGAAAAAUGUAGGGAAUAAUUAAUGGCCAAAUACCACCGCCACAAGCAGGUGCCUCUGAACUCAUAGCGGACAAACUGUGUCAUGUAUAUACCUCUUCUACCCUUAUUUAUUUCCUUCCCAUAAUUAACAUCAUUAACCGGCUUAAAAAACAAGCAGACUGUCCCCUUAAUUCGCCCCCUUCUCGGAACCAGUCAUCAAGUGUAUGUUUGACUAUCCGAGAGGACUUUUUGAAUGCUAUUAACGGAAAACUGUUUGUACAUUUGAGACGGCCCACACAACAGUCAACGAACACCUAAAUGAACACGUUAUGGUAUACUCUGUCAACUUUCCAUAAAGUCAACUGCGCGAUAUUUUUUUCCCGAACAGAUACAUUAACAGCAAAAAUAAUCGUUCUUCCGUUGCGGUGUUUUCUGUUUAAAAACGUCCAUUUUCCUGAAUAAUUUCUUACGCCCGUCCAGGUAUGAAACAGGGUCUAUAGUUCAUCAUGAAUGAUAGAUCCUGUUUUAUGAGUCGGGCGUAAGAAAUUGUCCUGUAUGACUGUGAUGAAACUCUGAUUCCCUGGCGUGAAUCUCACGCAGAAGUUGAUUUUACAAUUAUUCCAUAGUUCAUACAGGAGCACACGUGGAGUUAAACAUUUUUUAAACGUUUACAUUUUGUCUGUGUUAGGUACAAGUUGGCGAAUACGACUCCAUUCAUAAGUGGCCAAUUUAUCCGCGAUAUACUUUCACUCUGCUUGACCAGCGAGGAGACCACAAAGACCGAAAAGACAUCUCUGCCCACUUUGAGCCUCAGUGCAUUUCACGGCCCUCUGCCGACCGGCAGCUGGGAAAGGGCGCUCGAAGAUUUGUACUUCAAGAAGAUAUAUGUCACGGCAGUUACUGCAAAGAUAACAUCGUUUAUCUCAAGUUCCAAGUAGCAUUAAAACAGCCGCCGUCUGGCUUUUUUAGAGUGUAA